UAGUAUUUUAUUACAGCAGUGGAAUGGCAAUAGGGGUGGUCCUUGUCAUAUUGAUUGUACUUUUUCAGGGGAUGAAGCUUCUCCCAACUGGUCGGAAGAACUCUCUUGCAAUUUUUGUAUACUCGUCUUUGGUUGGUUUGGGAUCUUUUCUCCUCCGCUACAUACCUGGGUUAUUGCGUUCAAUACUCACCGAGAUCGGAGUUAGUGAAGACAUGUAUAAUCCUUUGGCUAUAUUUCUUCUGGCUUUUGUUUUUCUGGCUGGAGCAUGGUUGGGCUUCUGGGCAGUCCGCAAACUGGUUCUGACAGAAGAUGGAUCAAUUGAUAUAAUGACAUCUCAGUUUGUUUAUUGGUCCAUCCAAAUUCUGGGUGCUCUUAUGACUUUUCAGAGUUCUGCCGAUCACCUACUGGCAGUGGAAGCUACAGUAUUUGGAUUCUUAGUAUCAGUAAUAAUGAAGAAAAUCUUUAGAUGGAGAUUCCUCCGUCGUGUGUACAGGUAUCUGUCUUUCCCGUUUUGGAGCUUAGUCAUGGCCUUCCAUUACUAUGAUCUGCCAUCAUUUCCUUCGUCAAUAUCUACAAUGAAAUUGUCAAAAUCACACAGAAAGAACAGGAGAAGAUUGGAGAUUCCUGAUUCUCCACCUUCUCCGCCUUCUCCGCCUUCUCCACUGUCAGAUUCGGGGUUAUUUGCUUCUACCUUCCACACCACACCUGAAAGGAGAAAAUUCUCAAAAGAAGAGUGGGAAAUGUUCACCGCAGAGACGACAAACAAAGCCUUGCAAGAACUUGCUUCUUCUCCUGAUUUUCACAGAUGGUGCUCCUCAAAUGUAGAAAGAAUCAGUGUAGCCCCCCGGAGCACGAGAAAAGUUGCUGAUCAACCGUGCCGUUGGUGGCUUCUUUAGUGGUGCUAGGCAAGCAGCUGACAACAUGUCCUUCGCAAUGUCAGCACGGCAAAGUUAAGUUUGAAAGAAACCGAGAUGUGUGUUUGGAAAAACAUAGUCUGGAAGGAAGAAGCAGGAACAACUGUGAUGUUGUAAAUUCCAUAGUUUUGUGCAGUUCAUUAUUUUUGGGCAACCUGUAGGCUGUAUGGGACGGAUCGUUGUUUAAGUUAACGGUAGGCUGAUUUUUUGGCUCUCUCUCGCAAUGAUGUAACCCGGAAAUCUAAAAUUUAACAAUUUGUAGUAUUACUUGUACAAUUUAUUUUGUGAUUAACAUUCAAAAAA